CACCUCGCGCGACCGCCCCUUCUUCCGUUCGACCUCACAGUCACCCGACCCGUCCGACCGGAGCCCGGUGACGCGAACGACGGCCGAUGGCGCACACCGUGGCAGCAGACUUGCCGAAUGUCCUCACCCCUGAUCUGGGGCGACAGAGGAACACCAAUGACUCGUGGCCCUCGGCGUCCUCGGGUUCCACGGCGCCGUCGGAGUCGGAUCUCCGCGAGGUGACCCAGGCGCCCCGUGCCGGGAGCUUGGCGCGGAAGCAGAAGCAGAUGCGGCGCCAGGAGAAGUUGAAGGAGUUUCUAAAGAAGAAUGGCUUCAGUGAGGAUGUCACGGAGCCACGCAUGGGCGGCGGCUGUUGGUUCUACAAAAAGGAGACCGUUUGGCCAAUCCAUUUGGCGGCGGCCGAGGGCAACGCCGAGCUAGUGCGGAUGCUGAUGAUGCAGGGUGCGGAGGUGGAGCAACCCAGCUCCAAAGGGCGCACAGCCAAGGAUUUUGCGCGGAAGAGGGGACACCAGAAGGUGUUGGACCUCUUAGAAUCAGAAGUGAAGGUGGUGGGCCUUCGAAAGGCCAUGGAAUUGAUGUCCUCCGAUGGCAGCGGGAAGGACGCGCCCAGCAUCGAGAUCGACUGAGCGUCUCGGAGCGUCACCCGUCGGGGGUGGCGCUCCGCCGCAGCGUUUGCAGCGGCUCCAGCGGCUCCGUCCACCUGCGGUGAACGCGGUGAAGGUUGAUCUGUUGGAGCGCUGCCUUCUUGGUACCUGGGGCAGUCAAUGGGAGUCAUGGAGUGGCGAACUGUGAAUGAAAUGGGUUGGAGUGUUUUU